AGAUAGACGGUAAUGAUGCAGGAGUUUCUCCAAAACGCUGAUCUGUUUUUUCUUUCUCUUGUGUUGCAGAAUAAAGUGCUGAGCAUCGACAGCAUGAGGGUUAAACUACAGAUCUGGGAUACAGCGGGACAGGAGCGUUUCAGGAGUGUGACGCACGCAUACUAUCGAGACGCUCACGCUCUUUUGCUGCUUUAUGAUGUGACAAAUAAAUCCUCCUUUGACAACAUACAGGCCUGGCUGACGGAGAUUCACGAGUUCGCUCAGCAGAACGUGGUCAUUAUGCUGUUGGGUAAUAAGGCUGAUGCUACACAUGAACGCAUUGUGAAGAGGGAGGAGGGGGAGAAACUAGCUAAGGAGUUUGGCGUUCCCUUCAUGGAGACCAGUGCUAAAACAGGCCUGAAUGUGGAGUUGGCCUUCACUGCGGUUGCCAAGGAACUGAAGCACAGGGAGUUAAAGGAACCAAACGAGCCCAAGUUUCAGCUGCAGGAGUACGUGAACAAGGAGAUGAAGGGAGUCGGGUGCUGUCGCUCAUAAAAGCACCGUCAUGUGUAUAUAUGUGUGUGUGUGUGUGUUUUUACACUCUCAUCCUCUCCUCCUGCAGAGAUGCGAUGUCUGUCAGAUAUGCUGAGACUUUGGGGACUCUUAUUUGGGAAUACUGCAUUUAUUGUUUUGACCUGCAUGCACUUCAAAGCUCGCAGACAAUAUAAGGACGACAUAAAACAAGGCUGUUAUUGAUGAUUACUCCUAAAUAUUAGCCAUCCUGUAUACACCCCCCCACCAUUUCUAUUUAACUGACAUGUUCAAGAUAUAGAUAUUUGAUACUAGAUACUAGAUAUUUGACUAGUAUUCAUCUUAAAGUGACAUGUAAAGGCUUCACUAGGGUAAUUAGGGUAAAGUUAGGGUAGUUAGGCAAGUCAUUGUAUAACAGAGGUUUGUUCUGAAGACAAUCCAACACUAAUAUUGCUAAUAAUAGGGGGCUAAUAAUAUUGACCUUAAAAUGGCUUUAAAAUAAUUAAUAACUGCUUUUAUUCUAGCUGAAAUAAAACAAAUAAGACUUUCUCCAGAACAACAAAAAUUAUAGGAAAUGCUGCGAAAAAUUCUGUCCGAACCCAACUCUAUUCAUUUAUUUGACUCUAAAUCAAAUAAUAUUAUUUAAAUAAUAAUAAUAUUAAUAUUAUUUAAAUAAUAUUUCUCUAAAGAAUCAAUAGUUUUAAAAACGGUGCACUUUUAAAUUUAAACCUCAGCUGGAUGUUUUCAUUCACUUAGAGCUGUGUUACACACUACACGAAGGUCAUUUUCAAAAACCCAUAAUAGAGGCUCUUUAACUGAUUAUAUUUUAAGUACAUUACAGCAGCGAUGCCGUAAAAGGAACCGUAUAAAAAUGAACAUGUUCACCGGAAGUCUAUCUGUACACUGUAAAAAUUGUUACUGUAAUUUUUCACAGUAAAUUUCAGUAGUAUCACUUUACAGGGUUUGACUGUAAGUUCUCACAGUAGUGCGUUGUAUUCAUCGUUUUAUUGUGAAAUUAAGGCAGCAUAAUUACAGCAGAUUACUGUAAACAGGUUAUAUCUUUUGGAUGUUAGUUAUAAGAAUUCAAACUCUUUGUAUUUCAUUCAGCAUUGACAUUAAUACGAAUGAACAUUCAUGCUAGUAUCGGCACUUUAUUGAUAUAGAAAAACAGUUAGAAAUAACAGAACGUUAUUGCAGCCCCAAAAACAAUUUGCUUAUGUCAGGGGUGUCCAAACUUUUUGUGCCGAGGGCCAGAUGCAAAAAAAAAAAAAAAACAUUG